CAUUGAUGUCCACUAACUUAUCUCAUUUCAGAGCAAGUUUGCAAGAAAUAGCCAGGAAAUGUUCUAUUAUAUAAUUUAUUGCUGUGUCUACUCAUGUACGCACUGACAUAGCAGAAUUGUACAUCCAUUGCUUCUCAAAGCAUUUGGAUAUGAGUAGGCCUACUUUAGACGGGAUAGGCUGACUGGUUCUGUAUCUGCGCCUCUAACAGAACCAGUCUCCUCCCCUAAAGUUGAUGUGAAAGAGAGAAUAUUAUGCUGUCUGAACACGGGAAGAAGUUGGGUCAUAAACGAAAUCGGCAGUUUGUUUACAGUAACUCCAAGUUUUUCCUUUGUCAUUUUGACUGGUAAAAACGGGAAAACAUGUCUCGUUUUAGGGCGGUGUUGUUCGCAAUUUGACGAGUGACACGCAGGAUUGUUGCCAAGAUACAUUGUAACGUGUCAGAGGGAUAAUUUAAUCAAACCAAGACGACUGUAUGUCCCAGGAAAGACGACUUUUGGAGAGAAUUAAGCGAAAAUGUCAGACAACAGAUCUAGUUUUCUUCAUAUUGGAGACAUUGUGUCGCUGUAUGCGGAAGGCACGGUCAAUGGCUUCAUCAGUACAUUGGGGCUUGUUGAUGACAGGUGUGUGGUGCAGCCCGAUGCAGGAGACCUGGCCAAUCCGCCCAAAAAGUUCAGAGACUGCCUGUUCAAGGUGUGUCCGAUGAACAGGUACUCAGCUCAGAAGCAGUUCUGGAAGGCCAAACAGGGCAAACAAGGCAACAACAACACACAAGAAGACCUAUUCAAGAAGUUACAGCAUGCAGCAGAACUGGAACAGAAGCAGAAUGAGACGGAGAAUAAGAAGCUGCUGGGAGAGGUGGUAAAGUACAGUAACGUCAUUCAGCUUCUGCAUAUAAAGAGUAACAAGUACUUGACGGUGAACAAGCGUCUGCCAGCGCUGCUGGAGAAGAACGCCAUGCGUGUGUCUCUGGACCCAGCCGGUAAUGAGGGCUCCUGGUUCUACAUCCAGCCCUUCUGGAAACUCCGCAGCGAGGGGGAUAACGUGGUGGUGGGAGACAAGGUGGUCCUGAUGCCCGUGAACGCAGGGCAGCCUCUCCACGCCAGCAACAUUGAGCUGCUAGACAACCCCGGCUGCAAGGAGGUGAACGCUGUGAACUGCAACACUAGCUGGAAGGUCACUCUGUUCAUGAAGUUCAGUGACUACAGAGAGGACGUCCUCAAAGGAGGUGAUGUGGUGCGUCUGUUCCACGCCGAACAAGAGAAGUUCUUGACAUGUGACGAAUACAGGAAUCAGCAGCACAUCUUCCUCAGGACCACCCUGAGACAGUCUGCCACCUCUGCCACCAGCUCCAAAGCACUCUGGGAAAUAGAGGUUGUGCACUACGACCCCUGCAGAGGGGGUGCCGGCCAGUGGAACAGCCUGUUUCGCUUCAAACACCUGGCCACUGGGAACUACCUGGCUGCAGAGAUUAACCCUGAUUUUCGGGAUGAAAGUGUGGAUUCUAAAGCAGAGGUGAAUCAGACGGAGACAGAUACAGCGUACUCCAAGAGGAAGCGUCAGGCUGCAGAGAAGAUUGCCUGCACCCUGGUGUCUGUGCCCCAUGGCAACGACAUCGCCUCUCUGUUUGAGCUGGACGCCACCACGCUUCAGAUGGCUGACUGUCUGGUGCCCAGGAACUCGUACGUACGGCUGAGACACCUAUGUACCAACACCUGGGUGAGCAGCACCAACUUCCCCAUCGACGCUGAGGAGGAGCGCCCCGUCAUGCUCAAGAUUGGCACGUGCCCUACAAAGGAGGACAAGGAGGCAUUUGCUAUUGUCUCUGUACCCCUGUUUGAGGUCCGAGACCUGGACUUUGCCAACGAUGCCAACAAGGUCCUGGAGUCGACCGUGAAGAAGCUGCAGAAUGGCAACAUUGCUCAGAACGAGAGGAGGUUUGUGACCAAGCUGUUGGAGGACCUGAUCUUCUUUGUGUGCGAGGUCCCCAACAACGGUCAGGACGUGCUGUCUGUGGUCAUCUCCAACCCCAACAGGGAAAGGCAGAAACUAAUGAGGGAACAGAACAUUCUAGCCCAGAUUUUUGGUAUUCUGAAGGCUCCAUUCACGGACCAGGGGGAGGGUCCCAUGCUGAAGCUGGAGGACUUGGGGGACCAGCGCUACGCUCCCUUUAAGUACAUGCUGCAGCUGUGCUACCGGGUGCUGCGCCACUCCCAACAGGACUACCGCAAGAACCAGGAGUACAUAGCCAAGAAGUUCUCCAUCAUGCAGUCUCAGAUCGGUUAUGAGAUCCUGGCGGAGGACACCAUUACAGCUCUGCUCCACAACAACCGCAAGCUGCUGGAGAAACACAUCACAGCCAAGGAGAUUGAGACCUUCGUCAAACUGCUGCGACGCAACCGAGAGCCCAGGUUCCUGGACUAUCUGUCAGACCUGUGUGUGUCCAAUAAGACGGCCAUUCCAGUGACACAGGAGCUCAUCUGUAAAUUCAUGCUGAACUCCGCCAAUGCUGACAUCCUCAUCCAGACCAAACUAAUCCCCAACACCGAGACAUCCCUGGAGUCGUCCUUGCUGCUGGAGGACACAGAGGAGGAGGAGGUGUGGCUCUACUGGAUCGACAGCCACAAGGAGCCGCACGGCAAGUCCAUCCGCCACCUGGCCCAGGACGCCAAGGGCAACCACAAGCUGGACAGUGACAUCAUCACCUACUACAGAUACCAGCUCAACCUGUUUGCCAAGAUGUGUCUGGACCGCCAGUACCUGGCCAUCAACCGGUUGUCCAGCCAGCUGCCCGUGGAACUGAUCCUGCGCUGCAUGUUUGACGACUGCCUGCCCUACAACCUGCGCGCCUCCUUCUGCCGCCUCAUGCUGCACAUGCACGUAGACCGCGAGCCCCAGGAGGCCGUGGUGGCCGUGCGCUACGCCCGCCUCUGGACCGAGAUCCCCUCCAAGAUCACCAUCCACGAGUACGAGUAUGAGUUCAGAGACACCUCCAGAGAGGAGAUGAAGAGGAAGUUUGCCCCCACCAUGGAGUUUGUAGAGGAAUACCUCAAAGACGUGGUCAGCCAGCCCUUUCCCUUCGGAGACAAAGAGAAGAAUGAACUGACUCUGGAGGUGGUACAUCUGGCCCGUAACCUGGUCUACUUUGGCUUCUACAGCUUCAGUGAGCUGCUGCGUCUCACACGGACCCUCCUGGCCAUACUGGACUUUGUCCAGCACCCACUCACCUACAUGGAUAAGCUCAGCAAGAGCCCCGAGGCAGGAAACAACGUGUUGCGUACCAUCCACGGCGUGGGGGAGAUGAUGACACAGAUGGUGCUGAGUAGAGGGUACGUCCUGCCUCACCACCUCCCCGACACGCCCCCGUCCCUCCAGAACGGAAUACAACCCUUCCUUCUGCCCGACAACGAGGACGUCAUGGUCAUGGAUACCAAGCUCAAAAUCAUUGAGAUCCUACAGUUCAUCCUGAGUGUGCGGCUGGACUACAGGAUUACCUACCUGCUAUCCAUCUAUAAGAAAGAAUUUGGGGACAGGAAUCUACCGGACAGCUCUAUAUCGGUGUCUGAAUUCCCCUCCGUGUCAGAUCCAGACAUAGAUGAGAUUGCAGCCAAAGCAGAGACCAUGUUUGCUGGAAGUUCAGAGUGUAGUGCUGUGGAGCUGGAUGACGAAGGGGGUAGGACCUUCCUGAGGGUGCUGAUCCACCUCAUCAUGCAGGACUACCCCCCACUGGUCUCAGGCUCGCUGCAGCUCAUGUUCAAACACUUCAGCCAGAGAGCAGAGGUCCUACAGGCCUUCAAACAGGUCCAGUUGCUGGUGUCGGAGCAGGAUGUAGAGAACUACAAGCAGAUCAAGACAGACCUGGACCAGCUAAGGCUGACGGUGGAGAAGUCUGAACUGUGGGUGGAGAAAAGUGGAGCCUAUGGCAGUGAGGACAUAGGAGAGAGUCAGGGCAAGGAGCAGACCAUGGAGGAGGCGGGCAUCCUGAGCCCAGUACAGGGUGGGGAUGUGAAGCCCCAGAUAGACAGUAACAAAGCCAACAACUACAACAUCGUCAAGGAGAUUCUGCUGCGGCUCAGUAAGCAGUGUUACCCCGGUAAAAAGAGUCGUGUGCAGCAGCAGAGGCUACUGAAGAACAUGGGCGCUCACACUGUGGUGCUGGACCUGCUCCAGAUACCUUAUGAGAAGAGUGAUAAGAAAAUGAAUGAGAUCAUGACACUGGCCCACGUGUUCCUGCAGAACUUCUGUAAAGGGAACAGCCAGAACCAGGUUCUGCUCCACAAACACCUCAACCUGUUCCUCACACCAGGGCUCCUGGAGGCUGAGACCAUGCGCUACAUCUUCAUGAACAACUUCUAUCUCUGCAACGAUAUCAGUGACCGUGUGGUCCACCAUUUUGUUCACUGCAUCGAGACGCACGGCCGACACGUCCAGUAUCUCAAGUUCCUCCAGACCAUCGUCAAGGCCGAUGGGAAGUAUGUCAAGAAGUGCCAGGACAAGGUCAUGACCGAGCUGGUGAACGGUGGCGAGGACGUGCUGGUGUUCUACAACGACCGGUCCUCCUUCCCGCUGCUGUUCCAGAUGAUGUGCUGCGAGCGGGAGCGUGGGGACGAGGGCGGCGCCCUGGCCUACCACAACACCCUAGUAGAGCUCCUCGCUGCCUGCACCGAGGGCAAAAACGUCUACACCGAGCUGAAAUGUAACUCCCUGCUGCCCCUGGACGACAUCGUCAAGGUGGUCACCCACGAUGACUGCAUCGCUGAGGUGAAGACGGCCUACGUGAACUUUGUGAACCACUGCUACGUGGACACGGAGGUGGAGAUGAAGGAGAUCUACACCAGCCACCACAUCUGGAAGCUGUUUGAGAACUUUCUGGUGGACAUGGCACGGGUGUGCAACAGCACCACGGACCGUAACCAUGCCGACGUUCCCCUGGAAAGGUAUGUGAUUGAGACGGUAAUGGCCAUCGUCAAGGGCUUCUUCAGCUCCCAGUUCCCUGUCAACAACUCCAACCUGCAGACCCACCAGCCCAUCUUCAUCAAGCUGCUCCAGUCUUCCUUCAGGAUCUAUAACUGCACCUGGAUCAGCUCGGCCCAGAAGAACAACAUUGAGGGCUGCAUCAAAACACUGGCUGACGUGGCCAAGGCGCGUGCCAUAGCCAUACCGGUGGAUCUGGACAGCCAGGUGAACACUUUGUCUCUGAAGGCCCACACCAAUGUGGUGCAUCGUGCCGCCAAGGACUGGAGGAUCUCAGCACGCACCCGGCCCCGAAAGGAGACCCUAGGAGGGCCCGACUACAAGAGCAUCAUCGAGAAGCUGCAGGGUGUGGUGGCAUGUCUAGAGGAGCAGUUCAGUCCUAAGGUGCAGGCUGAGUUCUCUGUGUUGGUGGAUGUACUACACAGCCCUGAGCUGUUGUUCCCAGAGGCUGCCAGACUGCGCUGUGAGAGUGGAGCCUUCAUGUCCAAACUGAUCAAACACACCAAGAAGCUGAUGGACAAAGAGGAAAAACUGUGCAUUAAGAUCCUGCAGACACUUAGAGAAAUGCUGGACAAGAAGGAGGCCUUCGAUGAGCCUGUGAGUACUGAUCCAGACAUGGGAAAUGUGUUAAGGCAUAUUCUCCUCACUCGCUACUUUGGAAAUCAAAGGCUUCACUCCAAAUCAGAGUUUGGGAGCGGGAACAGCUCGGCUGGAGGCUUUGGAGGUGGCUCUCUGGUCCAGGACUCUGACAAGCCGGGCAGCAGCAUGGUGGACAUCCAGUGUCUGCUCGACAGCGAGGGAGCCUCAGAGCUGGUCAUAGACCUCAUCGUCAGUACCAAGAACGAUCGUGUGUUCCAGGAGAGCAUCCUGCUAGGCAACGCCCUGCUGCGGGGGGGAAACACUCAGAUACAGAACUCGUUCUACCACCAGCUGCACAAGCAGAAGAAGUCGGAGCGCUUCUUCAAGGUGUUCUAUGACCGCAUGCGUCUGGCCCAGCAAGAGAUCCGGGCCACUGUGUGUGUCAACAUGUUUGAGGUCAGCACCUGCAGGAAGAGAGAGGAGGACGUCGACGUCAGUCACAGUGGCAUCCGGCUCAGGAAAACAGCGAAAGACUCUUCCCUUCACAUGAAAGACAACAUGCGUGGCCAGUUGAAGGAGGCGUCCUCAGCCACCUCCAAGGCCUUUGUCUCCUUCCGGAAGGAUCUGGACACAGACCUGGAGGUGCUGGACGGCCAGGCCGGUGAUGGGCCCGGGGGAGGGGGCGAGGAGAGAGAGGAAGAGACCCAGAUGAGCCCGGCCAUCACCAUCAUGAAGCCUAUCCUGCGAUACCUCCAGCUGCUCUGUGAGAACCACAACAGGAACCUGCAGAACUUCCUGCGGAACCAGAACAACAAGACCAACUACAACCUAGUGUGUGAGACUCUGCAGUUCCUGGACAUCAUGUGUGGCAGCACCACGGGAGGCCUGGGCCUGCUGGGCCUCUACAUCAAUGAGGGCAACGUGGACCUUGUCCGGCAGACCCUGGAGACAAUCACCGAGUACUGCCAGGGGCCUUGUCACGAGAACCAGUCCUGUAUAGCCAAGCACGAGUCCAACGGAAUCGACAUCAUCAUAGCUCUGAUAGUCAACUCCAUCAACCCCUUGGGGAAGAAUCGAAUGGACCUGGUGCUAGAACUCAAGAACAACGCCUCCAAGCUGCUGCUGGCAAUCAUGGAGAGUCGCCAUGACAGCGAGAACGCCGAGAAGAUCCUUUACAAGAUGAGGCCCAUGGAGCUGGUGGAUGUGAUGAAGGAGGCGUAUGCCCAGGGGCUGGAGAGUGAGGCUGAGGAGAACUCUAUAGGAGACCAGAUCAAACCAAAAGACGUAGGACACAACAUCUACAUCCUGGCCCACCAGCUAGCCAGACACAGCAAGUUCCUGCAGCAGAGCUUGAGGCCGCCAGCGGCGGGGCUGCUUCUGAACGAUGACACGGAGGCAGACGACGCCCUUGGUUACUAUGCCAACCACACCGCUCAGAUAGAGAUUGUGCGUCACGACCGCACCAUGGAGCAGAUAGUGUUUCCAGUGCCCAACAUCUGUGAGUACCUGACAGAGGAGUCCAAGACGCGCGUGUUCACUACAACCGAGAGGGACGACCAGGGCAGCAAGGUCAACGACUUCUUCACGCAGUUUGAUGACCUCUACAAUGAGAUGCGCUGGCAGAAGAAGAUACGCAACAACCUGGCUCUGUUCUGGUUCUCUCGGCACAUCUCUCUGUGGGGAAGCAUCUCUUUCUACCUAGCCGUUCUAGUCAACGUGGCCGUGGCUCUUUUCUACCCCUUUGGAGAUGACGGAGAUGAAGGCAUUCUGCCCCCCUUUGUGUCCAUCCUGCUGUGGGUGGCGUUGGUGGUGUGCACCGCCAUGCUCUUCAUCCUGCCCAAACCAGGGAGUGUCCGGCCCUUCCUGGUCUCUGUCAUACUGCGCUCUAUUUACACAUUGGGCCUGGGCCCGACCCUGCUGCUACUGGGGGCCGCCAAUCUCCUAAAUAAGAUAGUGUUCCUGGUGAGCUUCGUGGGCAACCAGGGGACGUUCACGCGGGGCUACAAGGCGGUGGUCAUGGACAUGCCCUUCCUCUACCACGUGGGCUACAUCAUCGUCUGUAUGCUGGGCCUCUUCGUCCAUGAGUUCUUCUACAGCUUCCUGCUUUUUGAUCUGCUGAACCGUGAGGAGACCCUGCUGAACGUGAUCAAGAGCGUGACACGUAAUGGGCGCUCCAUCGUCCUCACGGCUGUGCUGGCCCUCAUUCUGGUCUACCUCUUCUCCAUCGUGGGCUUCCUCUUCCUCAAGGAUGACUUCCUCAUGGACGUGCAACGUCUGCCAGGGAAACUGGAAACGCUAAAAGAUGGCCGAGCUCCCUCCGACAAGUGUUUGAAAGACGGCUGCCCAGACUCCUUACCCACGUCUGUCACCAUGAUGGUGGGGGAGGAUGAUGGGACGGAGCGUGUGUGUGACACUCUGCUGAUGUGUAUCGUGACGGUGCUGAACCAGGGCCUGAGGAACGGAGGGGGAGUAGGAGACGUGCUGAGGAAGCCUUCCAAAGAUGAUCCUCUGUUUGCAGCCCGUGUGGUGUAUGACCUACUGUUCUUCUUUAUUGUCAUCAUCAUUGUCCUCAACCUCAUCUUCGGCGUCAUCAUCGAUACGUUCGCCGACCUGAGGAGCGAGAAGCAGAGGAAGGAGGAGAUACUGAAGACCACCUGCUUCAUCUGUGGGUUGGAGAGGGAUAAGUUUGACAACAAGACAGUGUCAUUUGAAGAGCACAUCAGGUCGGAACACAACAUGUGGCACUACCUGUACUUCCUGGUUCUGGUGAGGGUGAAGGACCCCACGGAGUACACUGGCCCCGAGAGCUACGUGGCCCAGAUGAUCAAGGAGAAGAACCUGGACUGGUUCCCCCGAAUGCGGGCCAUGUCCCUGGUGAGCAGCGAGGGGGACGGCGAGCAGAACGAGAUGCGCUCCCUGCAGGAGAAACUGGACAGCACCGUCACACUGGUGUCCCUGCUGUCCUCCCAGCUGUCUGAGCUAAAGGAUCAGAUGACAGAGCAGAGGAAGAAUAAACAGAUGAUGGGCUUCCUGGGGCCUGCUGGGGUCAACAACCACCACAUCCCAGCACACUGAGGGGCCUGGGUCCCCCUGCUAACAGAGAAAACUGCUGGUACACAAAGGGGCCACAAACACGUGCACACACACACACACACACACACACACACACACACACACACAUAUACAAUGUGCAUACAGUACACACACGCACCCACACAAUAGUAUCAGAUUUAUGGGGCCAGCAGCCACUGGCCCACACACAUAAUUUACUCAAACAGUGCUUUGUAUUCAAAGCAAACAGUGCCUUGUAUUCAAAGCAAACAGUGCCUUGUUCUUAGACAGUGUACUGACUCCUCACCCAGCAUCACCCUCUCACAUAGAACAGUACAGUGAUGUCUGCCUUUAGGACAGCACAAGCUGCCCAGACAUUCUGAUCAUCCCAUGUCAGCCCUGCUGCUCAAUGAGUGAGCCUCUGAAUGAGAUCCCAGGCAUGCCACACAUUGGCCAGUGUCACUAUGGCAGACUCCUGCAGACUGGAGGUCAUGGGAGAGGGUUAAAGGUUAAGUACAGUGGCUCUGUGGGCAGCCACGCUCUUCCUUCGGUAUUGUCAGUGUACUGUGUCUGAGACUAAGAUGACGACAGAGACUGGGCUAUACGCAGGUUAGGUAUUAGUACAUUGGGUUGGUUGGUGUUGUUCAGUUCUCUUUGGACUUGAAAGGCUGCUCCUUGUAUUACUGAUAGGCCCUCUUUGGAAAGGGUGUACGUGUAACUUUAAGGUGAAGUAUUUGAUCAUUAGCCUGGUCUCAGAUCUGUUUGUGUGGUUAUUCUCUUUGGAUAUGUUUUAAUAUGACCUGUUAACUUGUGAACGGAACUGGACUAUUAAAUUUUUUAUACUUUGGAAUUAGAAAUGGAACAUUGAUCAACUUACCGCCUGGCUGCCUUGGAGGGUAACAUUGAUCAACUUACCGCCUGGCUGCCUUGGGGGGUAACAUUGAUCAACUUACCGCCUGGCUGCCUUGGAGGGUAACAUUGAUCAACUUACCGCCUGGCUGCCUUGGAGGGUAACAUUGAUCAACUUACCGCCUGGCUGCCUUGGAGGGUAACAUUGAUCAACUUACCGCCUGGCUGCCUUGGGGGUAACAUUGAUCAACUUACCGCCUGGCUGCCUUGGAGGGUAACAUUGAUCAACUUACCGCCUGGCUGCCUUGGAGGGUAACAUUGAUCAACUUACCGCCUGGCUGCCUUGGAGGGUAACAUUGAUCAACUUACCGCCUGGCUGCCUUGGAGGGUAACAUUGAUCAGCUUACCGCCUGGCUGCCUUGGGGGGUAACAUUGAUCAACUUACCGCCUGGCUGCCUUGGGGGGUAACAUUGCUUUGUCAUCUCAAUCAUUAUGACUGUGAUAGUCAAUGUUCUCAAUAUCCUGCACUUUUAAAAAAUGUUAACGUACAACUGGAGAAACGGAUUUGCAUAUGACGUUACUUUGCCUUUUGUUUUACACUUUACUUGAACUCGCUGCCAUAAUGCUUCAUACCAGUUUCAUUAACAUGUCGUAAAGCUUCAUAGCAUGUGUCCGGUCUCCAGGAUAUACUAUGCCAAUGUUAUGACACAUGUAUAUUUACAUGUAUUGUGGUAUUUAGCCUUAUGCUAUGAAGCUUCACGACGAGUUCAAGUAAAGUGUUGUCGCCUUUUCUCUCAGAGAAGUGUCCUCCGUGAUAAUGCAAUCCCUGAACAGCAUUAUGACUUUCUAUUCAUAUUGUACAUAGUCUAUAAAUAACAGAAUGAAAAGAAAAUGUAUAUGAAGAUAAUCUGAUUAUCUGUACGGAAUUUACUUGAAAUGCCUUGAGUCUUAAAUCUUAUAUUGGUACAGAAUGUAGUCAGGAGGACUGAUUUGAAAAUCAUGUGCUUGUGUCCAAUACAGUAGAUAGUCUUAGUAACUCACUCAUGUUGAUAGAGAUGUUUGAUCAUACUGUAAUCGUGGGGUGCGUCCCAAAUGGCUCCCUGUUUCCUAUGUAGUGCCUUACUUUUGACCAUGGUCCAGAGGGCUCAAGUAGGUGCUUCUGGGCCCUGGUCAAAAGUAGGGCAAUAGAUAGAGAAUAGAUUGCUAUUUGGGACAUAGGCAUCAACUCAUCUCAUACUGUAAUGAUCAUUCUCUAUGGCUUGUUAGGGGUUCAAGCAGUGAAGCUGUGAGAAGCCCUAUUGUAUUUGUUGGCGUUCAUUAUUAUACAUCUUCUUCCGCCAAGGAAAAUGAAUUCGCACAUUCCUGUAAGUCCUAAGAGGGUGCAAUUUGGCAUGAUGGUAAAGGCCUAUGGGCCCCACACCCUCUCAAGCAAUGCCAUGUCAAUUGGCCUCAUGGUGGCUUUAUAACAAGCGAUUGAAGAUGCAAACUUUGAAAGGUCAUGUCCCUUACCCCGGUUCAGCUAGAGUCAUGAAAUUCGGUACAUAGGUCCCUCUCCUUACAAGGAACAAAUUUGCUUCGAUGACGCAUACGUUUUUCCAUGAUGGAUUUUCCACCAUUUCCAAUUUUUUGUUAAACAUUUAAAACGCUACUCAUCUGGCAUCGAAUGACCGAUCUGCAUGAAACUUCAUUCAUGGUAUCUAUGUACCAAGUUCUCUCAAAGCAAUAUUUUCCAGGAUAGCAUCUCAAACAACAUGGCCGCUACUGACCAAUAAACAUUUAAGUGGGCGUGACCUGGCACAUAAAUGCAUAUAAAUCAGACACAGAUAUUUGUAUUUUAACAACUUCAUACACAUGUUCCAAACACUGUCAAAACUCAACAUAUGCAAGCACAUUUAGAUCAACCACAAAGUGGCACUGUCAUGGGCACAUGUUUAUAUCUCUUGAUCUGUUUGACUCAGAUUGAUGAAAUUUGGCACACACGCUCAGGGAUCUGGGUGGAGCUAACUUGUAGAGUAUGGUUAGGUUUCCUGUAAAAACAGGAAAAAACAAUCAUGCAAGCUCAUUGGCUUAUAGUGGCCAUGUUGUUUGAGCUAGAGUCUUGGAAAAUAUUGUGUUUAAAGACGUUCAUAGAUGCUAUAUACCAAAUUUGUUGCCAAUUGGUCAAGCGAUUUUCUGUUGUCGUUUUUAACUCUUGUAACUCAGCCAUGUAACUCAGUCACAUGGAAUUCAAUUGAAUAUGUGUGUAUAAAACUUGUAUGUCUGUAAAAGUUUUUAUCUUCCACAAUCACAUGACAGUAUGAGAGUAUGUAUGCACUUCAGAGGGGAAUGCCCUUUGACACUUUUCUGUAAACAGAUAGUAUUUUAUGUUGUUCAGAUGCUAUAUUGUAAUAAAUCUAUGAUAAAAUGAGA